GGCCCCAGAGGGACAGCUUACCCCAAAGGACACAGGAUGCCCAGCAGAACUGCCCGCUAUGCCCGCUAUAGCCCGAGGCAGCGGCGCCGGAGGCUGUUGGCUGAUCGCAGUGUACAUUUCCCCAAUGAUGUUCUGUUCCUGGACCACAUUCGCCAAGGUGACCUGGACCAGGUGAGGCGCUUCCUCCAGGCCCGGAAGGUCUCCCUGGACACCAUCCACCCCUCAGGCCUGGCCGCCCUGCAUGAAGCUGUGCUCUCUGGAAACCUAGACUGCGUGAAACUGCUGGUCAAAUAUGGGGCCGACAUUCACCAGCGGGAUGAGACAGGCUGGACGCCCCUGCACAUCGCCUGCAGUGAUGGGUACCCUGAUAUAGCCAGGUACCUCAUCUCCCUGGGGGCGGACAGAGGCGCAGCCAACGACGACGGCGACCUGCCCUCCGACCUCAUCGACCCAGACUUCAAGGAACUAGUCGAGCUCCUCAAAAGAACCAGGAUGGACUGAGCUAGGUCUGCCC